UGGGAAGGAGAGAAAGGCUGCGAGAGCGGGAGCUGAGUGUGUGAGUGCUUGCGUGGAGCAGUGUAGGGGGCCGGAUGAUAAAACGGAAAGUGCCCCGGGUCUACGUUGCCAAAGGGAAUUGUCCUGGAGCUAUGAGUAGGGCGACUGGCCCCGGGGCCUUACUGAGGCCGAGCCGGGGCGAGUUAGCGGCGAAGAUACCGGGUCACUGUGUAGGGCCCAGCAGGUCCGGGCUGCCGUGGGGAAGGAGAUGGGGUACAGGGGCAUCCCGAGGCUGUGGAGCUAGGCGCAGGGCGAGGUCUUCAAUAUGGAAAACGUGGCGUAAGAGUGCAGAAAGGCUGCAGGACUGUCAGCGACUGUGGAGGAAGAGGCAGGCUGCGGAGAUUGCCGACGCAGCUGGGGAGAACGAGACUCUGGGGACGCCUGGGACUGCAGGCUCCAUUGAGGCUGCAAGGGAUCCCAAGGCUGUGUGGGUGAACGGUGCUGUGGGCGAGCCUGAGGUGGUGGGGCCUGCUGGGUCUGUGUGGGUGACUAGAUCUGAGGAAGAGGAGGCAGACGAUAGCAAUCCCCGGGCCUCUGAAAAAGGUCGCCCGAGGGCCAUGGGGCAUGAGAGCAUUCUGGAACUGUGGUUAAAGGUACAGGCUAUGAGGGCCGCUUCAGGAUGUGGGGUAGGAAGUAGAGUGGAACUCCAUCCUAUGCCUGCAGGAGAAGGGCCAGUCGAAAAGGGUAUCCCUGGCCGAGCCUCCUGGGUAGAAACAAGCCGAGGCGGAGUCACGGGACCGUGGGUGAGAGGACAGGUUAGGGCAUUCCCCCAGGUCUCAGGACUGUCCACAGCCACGGGGUUAGGGCCAGGUAGUGAGAGAGCCUCAGGCUCCUGUGGGCACAGACAGGCUGGGAAGGUGCCUCCUCCUGUAGUUGAUCCUGGAGCUAUGGAAGAGUUAGGCUGUGCGCUUAUCUCAAGUCCUUGGGAAGGACCCCAGAUUGUAGGGCAGCCUGAGGCUAUUGAGAUGAAGAUGGGCUGUGAGACUGCUCCAUAUCAGUGGGGGAGAGGACAGUCAGUGCAGGUUCCUGGGGCUCUGGGACAAGAGGCAGUCUGUGGGGAUACCCCAGGCUUAUGGAGAAGGGGACAGGCUACAGAGAACCUUGAUGCUGUGAUGGUACCCAGAGCUGUGGAGGAGGAAACUACAUCUGUGUGUGCUCCAGGCAUGUGGCAAAGGAGACAAGAGGUAGAAGGUAUAAGCUCUGAAGCUCUCCCUGGCGUAUGGGGCACAGGACAGCUUGUAGGGGUGCCUUGUGCUACUACUAAAGAGGAAACUAGAUGUGGGGGUGAUCUAGGAAUCAGGGAAAAGGGACAGGAUAUGUGGGUAGAGAUGGGCUCUGGUGGUGACCCAGUGUCACGGGAAGCUGCACGGGCUGUAGAACCAUCUGGCCUUGGGGAGCAGGAGGCAAGUUCUCAGCAGGUACCCCAGGACCUGUGGGGUAUAGAACAGGCCAUGGGGAUACCCAGGACUUUGGGGAAGGAGACAGACUAUGUGAGUGUCCCAGGGCUGUGGGGAACAGGACAGCUGCCAGGGGUGUCCCAGGCUCUGGUGCUACCUGAAGCCAGGGAUGAAGACACCAGCUAUGGUGGUGGCCCAGACUUGUGGGAGAGGCAACAGGUUCUGGGAACUCCUCUGGCUGAGUUGGUGGAAGAGACACACAGUGGGAAUGUCCUGAGCCUGUGGGAAAGGAGGCAAGCCAUGGGGGAACAGGAGGCUUUGGUGCCUGGAGCUUUAGGGGCAGCUGGGCCAAUGGUUGAAGAGGCAGGCUAUGGAAUGGUCUCAUGUCUCUGUGGGAGAAGGCAGGCUCUUGGAGUAUCUGAGACGGUGAGGAUGCCCAAGGCAGCAGAUGUGGCCAGGCACAGGUCUUCCCCAGCAGGGGUACCCACAGCUCUGGGUGCACCUAGGUCUGGAAGGGUGCCUGCUGCUGUGUGGGUGUCUGGACCCAUGUGUCAGGAGAGCAGCUCUAGAGAUAUUUUGAACCUGUGGGAAGGAGCUCAUGCUGUCGGAAUAUCUGGGGAUUCAGGGGGGACUCUGGCUCCUGAGGAGCUGUGGUCUGUGGGAGAGGAUCCUAGUUCUGGAGCUUUCCCAGGUUCCCAGGGAAGCAGACAGGCUCUCAGGGUUCCAGUGGCUCCUGAGGCACCUGGUCCUCUGGAUGUAGAGACUGGCUCUGGGGAUUUCUCAGGCUCACCAGAAAGGAGACACAUUGUAGGAAUACCUGUGACUCUGGAUGUAUUCCCAGCCGGUGGGAGACGUGUGGCUUCCAGGGUGCCUAGGCCUGUGUGGGAAGAAACUGGCUCUGGAAGUGGCUCAGGCUUGUGCCAGGAGAGACAGGCAGAUGCCAAAAGUUCCACAAGGAUGGGGGUGUCCACUUAUGCCAGGAUGCCUGGGCCCAUGGGAGAGAUGACUGGUUCUGGGUGCAUCUCAGCCUUGUCAGGAAGCAGGCAGACUACAGGGAUGUCCAUGGCUGUGGGACUGUCUGAGCCCAUGGUGGAGGAGACACUCUCUGAGGGUGUCUUGGGCUUCUCAGGAAAAAGGCAGACUUCUGGGAUGCCUGUGGCUGCUAGACUUUCCAUGGCCAUGGGAGAGCCCACAGCUUCUAGUGUCCAUAGGCCCCGGAUGGUGAGGGAAAGUACCUUUGGGGAUGGCUCAGGCACAUGGAGAAGGAGACACACCACUGAGGCUCCUGCUGCUGCCAAGGGUCCUGGAUCUGUGGAGGAGGAGACAGGCUCUGAAGAUGUCUCAUGCCUGUGGAAAAGGCACAGUGGACCCUCCUCUGAGGCUUCGAGGAUGCCAGUGCCACUGGGGAGGGUUGGAGCUGUAGGAGUUCCCAUGGCAGGGUGUGUGCCUGCUGCAGUCGAGGUGACUGGGUCCUCGGGAGAAGUAGAUGUGGGUAUCUCAGGCCUGACCGAAGUGAACAGACAGUCCACAGAGAGAGCUGAGCCUUCAAGGGAGCAGACAGGAGGUAGGAAUGUCCUGGGAAUGGUAGGAAGGGGCCAGGCUGUGGGGGUGUCUUAUACCUGUGGCCCUGGUGCCAGGUUCUGGAGCUGUCGACCGUCUGUGGGGGAAGAAACAGCCCACGAGAAUGUUCCCAGAGUGUCUGGGUUAAGAAUGGCUGUGGCAGUGCCCCCAGUUGCAAGGGAGGAAGUAGGCCCCAGUCAUUUUAGAGAGCACCCACAGCAGAGUGGGAGGAGGCAGGUCAGAGAAGUGUCUGCAAUCAGAGUGAGGGGGAAUGAUUUGACAGAGAAUUGUGUGGGGGAGGAUGGAUUGAGAGAGGUGUAGGGAACAAGUUGGGGGUGUCCUGGGGGCUCUGUGGGAGGGAACAGGCUGGGGGUAUGUUGUCCUGAAUUGUGGGUGAAGGGACAGGUUGUAGAGAUGUCAGGAUGGGGGGAAGUACUUUGUGGAUAUCUCCCAGAGUAUGUAGGGUGACAAACUGGGAGGCUUCUUGGAACAGUCGGGAAAUGGGCUAACUGCAAGAAGGGGUAUCCCAGGAUUUUGUAUAAGGGAACAGUUGGGGUGGGUGUGUCCCUGGACUCUGUGUACAGUGUGUGUGUGUGUGUGUGUGUGUGUGUGUGUGUGUGUGUGAUCGCUUGAGGUAUUUAGGAACUCUGGGGACGUGUAGUUUUUUCCUGCUGGAGAAUGGCCUUUUGGGCCUUUUGCAUAUGGAAGCAUCCUGGGGGAAAGUACUGGCUACAUAAAAGUUGAAGAUGCUCUGCCCUCACAUUGACAGCCUAUUCUGCAGCUUCAGCCCCUGACCUGUGGUGAUGUCAAGCCAGUUGGGAUUGCCUCCCUUAUGUGGUUCCUCCCAUCUGCUUUUUCCAUCUAGUCUUGUAGUCUUAAGAAUAAGGAAUAUUGGACAGCUGUCUUUAGGUUCCUACAGAUAACUCUAUCUUUAAGCAAUCCAGUCUGCAAAGCUUGGAUUUAUUCAAAGGCUUAAGUUAGGAAUUUUUCAACUUUGAAUUUCCCAGUUGAUUUACUAUAGGAUUCUUUGAGAGAACAAAUUCUCCAGUGUAUUUAAAACUAGUCUGUUCUCAGAAAAUCAGCUUAACUCUACAAAUGUUGAAUUAAAUUGUCUACUAUGCUCAGAGUACUGUGUUGUGGGAAAUUGAUGAGCAAGACAAGGCCCUUAACCCUCAAGGAACCUUGUCUCACUGGCAAGAUGAGACAUAUUCCUGCGAAAUAGGAAUGGUGUCAGUGAAUACUUACUUGCCUGAUGAGGUCUUUGCUGUUAUUCUACACUAUCUGACAUGAUGGGACUGAGCCAGCCAGCUUCCACCUGUGUCCACCUCACAUCCUGUACCCAAGUAGAUGGGACAAGUGACCCCAGGAAACUUCAGACUCAGAACCAGCUGCAGUUUAAUAGGAAUGUUCCUACACAUCCGAACAACUUGGCAAUCCGAUAUUCUUGCCCACAUGCAAUUAGAAUUGAAAAACUGAAGCACUCGUAUAAUGAAUCAUAUUGUAAAGACUCAGAUUUUAGAGUUGGCCCUGACCUAAGCAGUUCUGUUUCAUUUUCUGUAAUAUCAGAAGAGAAACUUAGCUAUGCAGUCCACCUAGCCAAAAGAGAUGUAAAACGAAGACAAUUUGAAGAACUUAUAAAAGAACAUUAUCCCAGAAGUCAGCCCCAAAGUUCUCAGAAAUGUGGACAUACCAAAUAUAAAAUAUCUGACCGGAUAGAAAGGAAAGACUCAAAGAAUCAAGAAAUCCAUCAGUGUAGCCACCAGCCAUCUGAAAUAGGAAUUUCCAGCUCAGGUGCCAAAGUAUAUGUGUACACAUCUCAUCAUGGACAGCCAGAUCUUACCAUGCCAAAUUUGCCACCUACCCGUGAUCCAGGACCACAUCCACAGCCCAGGAUAAGUGACCACAAAAACUUAUGUGAACAGAAAAGCCUGCUAGAAGUUCAGCGACUCCAGAAAGAAUUGAGCAGUUGCAUCCAUAAAAUUGAAGAGGUAACUAAAAAAGAUAGACUAGAAGAAGCUUUGGAUCCAGAUGAAGAGCAGCGGAUCCGUGUCAGGAGACAGGAGCAGACUAUUCGCUGUGCCCGGAUGCUUUAUGUCCUCCAGCAGCAGGUAAAAGAAAUCCAGGAAGAAUUGGAUAAGUUGAGUCCACAUAAAACUAAACACACCAAGAAGUCAUGGGCAGUGUCUAGGCUGGCGGCUGCCCAUCGAGGAGCUAUUCGUGCCUUACAGAUGUUUGUCACUCAAUUUACUGACCGAGGGGAGCAGCCGAUUCCUGCUCGGUGUAGGGAACUGGGCAGCCUUAUUCGUCAGCUUUCACUUUGUUCUGCCAAGCUGGAUGCCAACCCUUCCAUCCCUGAUGUGGUUAUAGAUAUCCUGCAACAAAUCGAGGCUUUGGAAUCUCUUCUGGAAAAGAAGCUGUCACCAAAAAAGGUGAAAAAAUGUUUCAGUGAAAUUCAGAGCCGAUUUCCUGUUGGUAGCCAAAGGACCCUAGAAACAUGGCCAAGGACAUUGCCAAAAAGUGAGAGGACACUCUGUGUAGCAAAGGAGACAUUUCCACAGGAAGCAAGUCGACCUUCAGUGGCAAAGAAGCUUCUUGUUGAUAUGCAUCAGCCUGAUGCAGAGCUUCCAGUGACCCAGAGGUUGGAGAGCGAGCUUAAUGGGUUAGAUGUGGAUGUCCUUCCAGAAGAAGCGCCACUUACUCCAGACCAAACUGUAAACUCCAAAGAUGAGGCAUUAGCCCUGACAAAAACAGGAGCAAUGAAGAAGAAACCUAAGACAGAGAAUGUGCCAUUUAGGAAGAAAGAUGCUCUGGAGCCAGCAAGUCUACAGCAAGGACUGCACAAAGCUGAAAAAACUAGACCAAGCCAACCUCACAGCAAGAACAGGUUGCAUCAGACUACAGUUUCAUCCAGAUUAAAAAUGAACCGACAGCCUGUGAGAGACCAUAGGGCUCCUUGGAUACCCUCAAACCCCACCUCUCCACCAGCGUCUCCUAAAUGUGCUGCAUGGCUAAAGGUGAAAUGUAGCCCCAGAGAUCCCACAAAAGAACAUUUUCUCCAAGAAGAAGGUGCUCUAGAGGAAAGUCAGCUGAGGGGUACCAUUGAGCAUGAGGCAGCCAGGCUCACUUGGCUUGAUGCUGAGUCUCCUAAAAGACUGAAGGAACUAGAAGACUUAAAAGCCAAAGAAAUGGACAGACGGCAAAAACAGAGUGUCUCUGACACCCAGUUAGCAGACAAGGUAGAGGCAGCAGUUCUAGAGCGUUUGAAGCCCCUCUUGGUCAAGGCCCAGAGAGUUAAUUCUUCUGUGGAAGCAAAUACCCAUUUGAAAGAUCGUCCAUCAUUGAACACAGCAGCAGCCCAGCCCACAGAGCAGGAUACUGCAGUUAAUUCUGAAUGCAACAAUAUUCAUCGGCUGAAUGACUUUUUGGAAGAUACUGCUCAUGAGCUCUGGGCUAUGACUCAUGAUAAGAACUUGGGAUCAGAAACCUUAUACACCCUAGGGGACAGCAAGGACAGCCCAAAUCUGGAGACCAUGAUGCUCCGAAUGGAGGAAAUGGAAAAAUACCAAGAGACAGUUCGCCAAAGAUACAGUAAAAUUGUAUAUGCUGAUCCUCAUUUAUGGAUGCAGGAAGAAAGAAAUGACCAGAAAACCCCAACAGUAAGUGAAAGGCCUCUGCCUCCUCCUCUAAUCAGGAUCACAAAGACAACAGUUGGCAAGGAUCCAGCCAUUACCAUCAUGUUAGAAAGGCCCUGCAAUGCCAGCUCCCUAGAAGAAAGUGUAGAAACAGAGAGAUCAGAGAGAAGAGAUACUCCCCUUCCCUCCGUUGCAGAAGACUCCCAGCAGAGAGAAGGCCAGGCUGCCCUGUUUGUCCCACGCAGCAUGAGGCACAGCAUUGGUGACUACUGUAGCCGGUUUGAGCAGUACCUCCGGCUCAUAUCUCAUGAGGCCGUAGGCUCCUUCGACCCAUGGCUAAUAGCUGAAAGCUUUUCCGAAGAGCUGGUAGAUGAAGCCCUGGGGGACGUGGCCGCAGAACUUCAGGAUGCAUGUGAAGACUACGCAGAAGCUGUGUUCACCUCAGAAUUCCUAGAGGCUGCUGCAUAAAGGCUGUCAACACAAGGCCCUCCUGUCACACUGGAGAAGGGACACACCACUCUGCUGAGGCCAGAGGAAACCUUUGUCCUCAGCUGUCUGUCAGGCCCAGAAGGUGGUGCCCUCAGAAGGAAAGAGAUGCCAGUGUGGUCUGUCUCACUGUGUCUUCUCUCAUUGUUACAGCAGUGCUUCUGGAAGCUUGUGAUGGGAUGUUUUAUUUUAUCAGUGCCCAGGAAAGAUGAAUCAAUUAUGACAAUAUAAUAUUUAUGAAAUGUAAAAUUUUCCUAUUGAAAUAUUAUGUUCAUUUCUCUGGCUUAGACUGGUGAUCAAAAUGUUUUGAAAGAUAAUAGAUAAACAUAUUUCACACAGGAUUCAAGGUGCUGUCAGACCACAGUGGCAGCAACACCAACACAAGUGCACUUCCUUUCCAGUCCCAGCACCUGGCUCCUGGUUUCCAUUUUUGGCUGGGUCCUAUCAGGACACCUGUCCCUUCUGGGUUGCAGAUGCACACAGAACACAGAGUUUAGUUCUGCUGCCAAACCUCUGCACUCACGCAGCUAAAAAUAGGAACCCACUGGUGCACAGUGAUACACACACCUUUCUUUAAGGUCUGGUCCCUGAAUGACUUUUCACAUUUUUAGUUCCUCAAAGUCUUAUUGCUGUGGGUUGACACAUUCUGGUAUAAAAAGCUUUCUCUGAAUUCAGAGGAAGAUAAAGGACAUUAGGAGAGGACCAGGCCUUCUCUUUUGCCCAGUAGAGGUAUGAAGCUUAUUCAUUCAGUCUCCCUAGAGACUAUCUCCUCACCACGGAGGACCCCCAGGUGAGAGGAGGGGUCAGAGCUAGGUGUCACAAAGACCUGUGGGACUCCCCAGAGAAAGGAAGACACUUAAUCAUGGCCACUCUGAUAUCUUAGAGGUCAUGGUGUCAAGGGAGAAGCCUCUGUUUUUAGAAACUGAAUUUAGAAAAAGAAAAAGAAUGUGCACAAAAAUAAGGCCCCUGCCUGGAAAAAGUUUCCCUUAAUUGUUUGCCAAGGCUUGGUGACAGAAAUGUGAAGAACAGACUGCACAAGACAGACCCCAGGGAAUAAUGGAAAUCUUGUUCUGACACAGUGUUGUCAUUUGGGAUUGUUCCUGAAGUACAGAUAUUUCAGGUGAUACUUUAAACUGCUUGAUUGUAUGUGUUUGUGCAAAAUUGAUUUUCAUUUAAUGUUUAUGUUUUCCCGCUUAGUUUUAUAGAACUUCAGGAUGUAAAGAGCUUUAAGAGAAUUAUAGGUCUUUAAUCUGUAGUUAAAUAUGUGUACUUGAACUGAGAAGAAACCUGUCAUUGUUAGUAAAAAGUAAUUUAUGUGGCAGUUCUUACUGUGCUGGUUUUUAAAAAAAUAAAUGUAAUAUUUUAAAGUAUGUA